AUGGAGUCACAUAUGGCAAACUAUCAACUCCCUCUAAAACCACAAAGAAAGUUACAUUCUUGUCAUGUUAAGAGCAGCAACUUUAGCUUCAACAAGCAAGAACCAUCUCAAAACUCAAAUGGGUUACAUUUUAUUCGCAGGAAGAAGCUACUCCUCUCUACAUUGGAAAUUGGAGGCCCUUAUAAUUGCUUUGUUCAAGUCUUUAACAAAACCCAACUUGUUUCUGCUCUCAGGUACUGUAAUGAGCAAUCCAUGAGAUUCAUAAUCCUGGGUAAAGGCUCGAAUUGUCUGUUUGAUGAUACGGGUUUUCAUGGUUGUGUCCUUCUCAAUCGUAUCGAGUUCUUAGAGAAGAUAGAACCCGGAGUAUACCGGGUAGGAAGUGGCUAUCCAUUUAAUCGUUUAGGGGUUGUGUCUGCAAAUGAAAGUUUUUCAGGGCUUGAAUUUGCUGGUGGUGUUCCUGGAACUGUUGGUGGAGCUGCUUACAUGAAUGCUGGAGCAAAUGUGCAGGAAACAGCUGCUGCUAUUGAUAGCAUAGAGAUCAUCACAAAUGAAGGAGAAUCUAGGAUGCUAAAAAGAGAGGAGCUAAAUUAUGGCUAUAGAUUAUCACCAUUUCAAGAAAUGAAGGAUUUGGCAUCCAUUACUGCAGUUACAUUCUGGCUGAACUUCUCCAAAACUGCACGAGAAAGGCAGCAAGAAUACUUGGCUAGAUGGAGGACACAACCAUUGGGGCAGAGAAGUGCUGGUUCAGUUUUCCGAAAUCCUUCUUCUAUGGGUGUUUCUGCUGCAGAAUUGAUAGAGAAAACUGGGCUAAAAGGGUUGAGAGUUGGUGGAGCUAUGGUCUCAAACAAGCAUGCCAACUUUUUCAUAAAUUGUGGUUGUGUAACUUCUCAAGACAUGCUUGAGCUUAUUGGCUUAGUUAAGGCUGCAGUAAAUCAGAAGUUUGGAGUGGAACUAAAGGAAGAAAUCUUGUACAUUCAUCCAUUUUAGAAACAAAUUACAGAAACAUGUUAUGUUUUCAUUGCCUGAAAAAACCUUUACACUUUGCUGAUAGUAACACGUUGGCUGAUCAUUUAUGGAUAACAUAAAAAGGCCUAAAACAUCGGUUAAUGAGUUCGACGCUAUCUCUUUCCCGGGCUACUAGUUAGAGCUUUGGUGAUGAAGUGAGUAACAAUUCCAACGGGGCAAAACAGCAAGCACAGAGACACGGAAUGGCGGGUUUCAAUGUCAUUCUGCAACCCAUCAUGAUAGACUUGCCUG